UUUCAAAAAUGUAUUAAUACACAGGGUGCUCCAUUUAAAAUAACAAACUUACAGAUGAUUUUCGGUUCUACCGGUAGAACCGGAAGUUGGCCAUCUUUGAAAAUAUUUGAGUUAAAAAUAUCGUAUCCGAAAUCCCAAACGUAGAAAUUUUCAUGAUUUUACAAUAAGUAUUUAGCCAUAUACAGAUAGUUUUAACUCGUCGUGGGACACCCAGUAUAACCCAAUUAUUAUAUUGUAUGUCAAUGUUGAAAUACGAUUUUAUAAAAAAUUCAAAUUACCAGAAAGUGGGAUGUAAAACAAACACCUUCAAAAGACAUAAAAAUGGAAACGUCAAUAAAAUUUCUCGGUAUUUGGUAACACGCUAAGCUGGAACAUUACUAACAUUGUACCUAACACUUAUUCGAUCAGAAUUAGACUAUGGAUCAAUUGUAUAUUUAACAGCAAUCAAAUCGCUUUUGACAAAAACUCGACAGCUUUCACAAUUCAGCCUCACGUUUGAUAACAGUUGCAUUCAAAACAACACCAGUGGAAAGUCGAGAAAGGAGGCAGAAUAAUAUAUUUGAGCAUGAAUCACACGAGAAGAAAACACGUUCGUUUCAAACCGCUAUUGCGCACAAAUUCUAUAAUAGUGACGGAAACGUGUUUUAGGACGUGCAUAGACAAGAUAACUAGAUACCCAACGCACUACUCGUAGGCGCGCAAUCUCGUUGUUUAAUAGCCAGACCUCGUAUUAUCACAAUAUUAUAGUAGGAAUUCGAUUAUCCGGCCCUCAAUUAUACGGAUUCGCGAUUAUCCGGGCUAUCAACUUAAUAGCCAGACCUCGUAUUAUCAUAAUAUUAUAGUAGGAAUUCGAUUAUCCGGCCCUCAAUUAUACGGAUUCGCGAUUAUCCGGGCUAUCAACUUAAUAGCCAGACCUCGUAUUAUCAUAAUAUUAUAGUAGGAAUUCGAUUAUCCGGCCCUCAGUUAUACGGACUAUCAACUGCGACCAAUUAAAUAAUUGAGUAAUAUUGAGCCAUAUUACAAAAUGUUCAACAUAUAGGUAUGUACUAAAAGUCGAAUUUAUGCAAACACGAACGAGUCGGAACUGGCAUUACCCCGCCCGCGCCCCAAGGGAUCGCCGCCCCCCACGCGUUUCGUUAUUGUUUUAGUUAGUUGUCACUUCGCUCUGAUGUGCGUGUCGCGUCUAAAUAUUUGAAAAUUUCAAAGCGUAAGAGAGUGAUGUUAUCGCUUAAAGACAUAAUAAAAAUUAUUGUAAGUUGGCUGAUGAGUAUGGUGUAGGUCAGGGGUCGGCAACCUUUUGUGUCAGGAGGGCCAAAAAUUACAAUUUACAAAAUUUCAAAGUUUAUAAAGAGCCACAAAAUUUUUUAUUAUCAAUAAUAAUAAGUAUAUACUGAUCUUUCAUUUAUAAAAGCAGUGUUUUUCACAAUAAAUUGGAUAAUUUAAAUACACAAUCAUUUAAGUGAAAGAAAUAAAACAAAUAAACAUUUACCCACAACUCUAACUUCAAUAAUAAACAAUUGGGCCAACAAAUUCAAUGGAAGGAAACUUGUUUUAAAUUUCAAACUUGACUCUAAAUUUUCAUUUAUCAGUUUAUUUUAAUAGUCAGCUAUUCAAAUAGCAAUUUCUUCCCCUCACUGUAGAAGCUUUGCAGACUAUUCCAUCCAUCGAAUCGUUGUUGUCCCUUUAUUUUUCCCUGUCGUACUUCUUGCUCCAUCAGUUGUUAUUGAGACGAUUUACUUUAAAUUGAUCUCAUUGUCUACAAAAACAUUUUUGCGCGGUAUUCGCUGUACCUUCUCUAGUUUGUCUCGAGAGAGGUAGCAAUCCUAGAAGUUCUUCUUUGGACCUUGAGACGACAUAUAUUAGACAAAUUUGUACCUUGUCUUUUAUGUGCAUGACUUAACGAUAGCAAGUGAUAGAAGGGGCAGAUUAAAUAUCUUCCACCUUCAAAUAUGUUACAUUAGACGACAUUUCAGCUAUUCUAUCUUCUACUGCUCUAGCGGAUAAUGGUAGAUUUUUUAUUUUUCUCAAGAUUUCUGGUUUGUUAUGAAACAAUUUUUUACGUGGAUCGCGAGGAGAGGACGAAAAAAGCAAGUAGAAGUCGCUAAGAGAGAUAGAAUCGAUACCUAAUCCUUAUUAAUAGAUUCAGAACGAUUAUUGAAUAUUUUUUUUAUAAAAUCAAUAAUAUUUGCGUGUGGUACUAAAAAGCCGCAAUUUCACAUCCAAAGAGCCGCAGGUUGCCGACUUAUGUAUUGUAGAAUUUUUAUGGAUCAGGUGAAGUAAAUAAUAAACUCGUGAAAACUGAAUACUUUAAUUAAAACACGUAACUCGAACGUUUACAAGAAAAGCAAAUAACCUACUGACUCUAGUAAAAAUACGAUACACUUUUCAGACCUUUUUAAACAAAAACAGAGCGUCAUUCUUAUCGUUAGCAAAACAUACACAUAAACGAAAAACUAAACCAGUAGAUAUAAAAACGAUCAACAAAUGUAUCGAUUACAAAAAACUCGUAUUUCAGCCUAAAAAUGCCGACACGGCUAGUCAGUGAUGCUUUUAAACACUUCAAUAUCAUGGUGUAGGUACAUCCACGAUAAGUUAUAUAAAGAAGAAUGCCGAUUCAAUUUUGUUGUACACCUGCAAAUUUAUAGUGAAGACGAGAGUAAACAUCGGGAAAUGAUGUAAAAACCGAAAAAGGAACUUUUAGAAGACGCUUUGUAUUGUUGGUUUUUACAAAAACGAUCAACUGGGCGACCGAUAUCUGGACCAUUACUCUGUGAAAAAGUAUUACAGUUAAAUAAAAAAUUUAAUUGUGAUGAAUCGUUUGUUGCAAGUAACGGAUGGUUGUACAGAUUUAAAUCUCGUCAUGGAAUUCGUGAAUUGGAAAUACAAGGUGAAAAAAUGUCCAGCUUAAAGGUGAUUUUAAGAAGAAAUUGGAUGAAAAUAACUAUGACUUGGAUUUUGUCUAUAAUGCUGAUGAAACCGGAUUAAAUUUGAAAUCAUUACCUUGAAAAUCUUUGGUUUCUAGGCGAGACAAUUCAGCUCCAGGAUAUAAAACUAGCAAAGAGCGGGUAAGUAGAUUAGUGUGCGCUAAUGCAACUGGGACCCAUAAAAUACCUUUGCUCUUUAUCGGAAAAUAAAAAAAAACAGGUGUUUUAAAAAUAUCAGAGUGCCCUUAAUUUAUAAAAAUCACAAAAGCGCAUGGAUGAACUCUGAAAUAUUCAUUGACAUCACUUUUAUCCCUGAAAUUUAAAAAAAAAACCAAAUUUGCAAGCAAGGUAAUGUACUACUUUACUGGAUAAUGCGACUAUGAUUCUAAAAAAUUUCAAAAACAUAUCAAGCAACGCGAGGAGUAAGAUAAGGAUAUAUACUAAUCCCCUUCUCGGUUGCUUUUGAUGAGAGUAUAAAAGAAGCAACACUCAACAAGGUGGGAUAUUGGAAUAUAGAAGAGGUCAAAGCUCAAGACGAGACGAUAGAACUACGAUAAAAACUGAGAAAUAUAUAAUGCAAACUUUGAGUACAUCUACAUGAAGAUAAAUAAGAAACAAACCGGAACAAGUUAAAUACGUAGACUCAAACGUAAUGUAACAGACAAUGAACGAACAGAACAAUCAGACAUACGCGGUUCUGGUUAGAUGGAGAUAACUGAAAAUGGCGGAUUAGUACGUAGGCUACGGGAGUCCCACAUUUCCAUCAGAGCACCUGGUUGAAUUCGUUACUUUACUGCGCAUUCGAUGUAAUUCGUUUCUCAAUAUAGAACAGGAUACAAAGAAAGUUAUUUCCGUCAAAUGUUAGAGGUGUUCCUUUUGAUUUCUUAUAUCGUGUCCCUUCUGCCUUUUUAUUUCUCUACUCGUUUAUUUCAUUUCACCAAUCACCACACGGUUGAACAAAGAUCUAAAUUAAAACAGAAGCUGUUUAAUAUUACUACGUCUAUGAAUGCAUUACAUUAAUGAAAUCGCACAGAAAAACAUUCUCAAAACUCCACCAAACAAGUUAUAGUUCUUUCAAUAUCAAUUGCAGAUUAUAAAAACCUUUGCCGACAAUUUUGUUUGAUCUACCAUAGGCGUGGAUAUCUCAUUUUAUAAAUUUAUUAUUUUUAUAAAUACUUUUAAAAGUAUGUAUAUCUUAUGAGAGAAAGUAUUCGUUAAAAAGCAAUUGAAUCGUUAUAAAUUGGACGACAUUAUACGCCGUUAUGUAGACAGAUGCACUUAAUUUUAGUCCUACUUGGAACUUAGAAAAAAAUCAUUAUCAUACCUCGUUAACUUGCUGAAUACUAAAUUAUAAAACAUAAAUAGACGAGUAAAAUGUACUUGCCUGUAAGGAAGUUUGGUUUAAACAGGAUAUCAGACGUGAACUGAGCCCUUUUUAUACUCCAUUCGUCUAUUAGAAUUUCGGUAGUCUUUUAUCUAACUCAAAUAAUCUUGUCGCCAUCGAACUAUCCUUGACUAUUCGUUUAUUGCCAUCUUUUUAUUCAGUUUUUUGUGGAUAAUUAUAUUCUGGAUAAUAAGCUACCUUUUGCUGCAUUACUUAUAAUGUCGCAACCCUAUUCUCCUUUUAUAAACUAUAAAUUGUCUUACAUAUAAAAUCUUGAGUACCUUUGUAAACUGAUUUCAAUUUUUCUUAACAUGUUUUUCAGUUCUGUGAAUGAUCCACAGCAACCUCCUAGUUAAUUCAGCAAUUCUUAUUAUGAUUGUAUUAUCAGAUUGCUGAAUAUUUUUCUAAAUCUUUAUUAUUAAAUUUAUACCUGUGUUUAUUCUCACUUCACUGUGCAAUUUCAUUGUCUUCAUUCGCUUAUGGUCCAAAGAACUCCAUAUUUCUAUUUAUUUAAAGAAAAUUAUGAAUUAAAUAAAUUUCACCAAGCCACGCCGCUGCUUAUCACAGACUGUCUGGCAGGAAUAUUUCAAAGAAAUAUACAUACGCCUUCCGACAGCGUCGGCCAAUAGAAAUGCAUUUAUGUUUACGAUUCGAUGUUUUCAUUGGUUUGUUAGAUGUUUACCGUAUUUUAUACAGGGUGUGAACAUUAUUUUCCAUUUCUUAAUUUGGUAUAAGUGCCGUCCGUAUUUAUGGAAUAAUAUUGAUUUCUAUAACUGUCUUCUGCAAUUGAUAUUGGAAAAACUAAAUCACAAUAAUUGAUAAGAUUAUAGAAGACAUAAACACGAGAUGUUUAGAUAACUUUAAUGAUCACAAUUAUAAUUAAUCAACAACUUUCGCGUCGAUUUAGCCGUUUUGAUGUCCAGUUAAGUUAGCUGACCCAUUUACGGCUCUAAACUGAUAAUACGAAAUUAAUUUGAUCUUAUCAUAUGAGUAAAUUGUCUACAAAGAUAAUUGGUGAUUUAGCGAUAUUUUAGGGCUUCAAAAGUACAGUUUAUUGGUUGGCUUAAUGUAUCAUCCGGUAUGUAUUAGCCAAAAUUCAAACAUUUUUCUAAUUAAUACUAGAUGGGAAGGGUGUAUUUCAUUUUCAGAUAAAUUAUAUUUUCAAUGUAGUGCUUAUGACAAAAAAAUUACUCUUAUCAAUAUCAUAAUUCUGUAUAAUAAAAAUUGAAAUCAAUUUCAUACAAUAAAGAUAAGAUUUUAUAAGAAGUUUUAUUUGUCCUAACCAAAAGUCCUUUCGUUAAUGUAGAAGUUGGAAUUUUUACUCACAGCUAUGGAAAUCAUAAUCAAUGCCAAGGAGCAAUCAAUCUUUUGAUUGAUGAAAGUUUUUACUAUGACCUACAGUAAUUCAUUGGCCAAUUCUGGCACACUGUUUUUCCAAUCGAGUACGCAAUGAUGUUCUGUUGUUUUAACUCUCAGCAGUCUGCAAUUUAUUAAAUUCCUCAUUAUGCCUAAUAUUUUUGAUAUUUUCUUUCUUUUUGAGUGUGUACCUUUACUUCCCCAGCUGGAGACUCUUCCUCAAGAAGUGGUUUACAACUUCCAGUUCAAGUAUAUAAAUAAUUGAUACUUGAUUGGGUGAACAGUUAAUAUUAAAUUGAACGCCACCAGCUUAUUGAAGAACGCAGUUAACAACAACAAUAAAUAAAGAUGGAAAAGCUGGAAACACCUUACGGAUUGAUUUAAUAAUUUAAACUAAAACUAUCCCCGGACUCGAUUUUCCAAAUUAAUAUUUGAAUAAAAACAGCUUCAACAAAUAACGAAUUUAGGAAAAAAUAACACCAUGUAAGAUAGUAAAUAAUUUUGAAAUAUGAAGACUAAUAAUGGCUCCAAUCCCUCAAAUUUUCAAAUUGAUAUCCCAAAGGAGAAAGGAGGCACUGAACUUUAUCACACUAAUCAAUUGCGUUGUAUAUAAAAAGCAAAGUUUAAAAGAUAUUAGAAUAGCUUAUUAGAGAAUAUAAAACACCACAAAUUUACUUUGAUUUUAUACUUCAGUUAAAGAAUGUAGAUAAGAGAUUUUUUUUAUGGGAGGAAGGUUUGCUGCAGUUGGUCAUGAUAUAGGAGUUGUUCCUUUGCGGGGCUGGGAUUGUGCUUGCUGUCCUGGUUGGAAAGGAGGAAAAGCGAACGACCAUUGACCAGAAGAAAAUGAAAACUAGGUUACAAGGUAACCGCAGAAAACCUGCCACAUCCACGAUACGUUUUUGAAUGGAUACCGAGAUUUUAUUAAAUUCUUCUAAUAAUAUGGGAAGUCGUAACAAAUUAAUUUCUUCAAAAAUUUGAACGUUAUAGUUAAAAUGGAAAUGACUACUAAGCCACAAUACGUGAACAAAGGAAGAUUCAAAAUAUUUGAAGGAACACGUAACAAGUCGAAUAGCAUGUUACAAAUGAGUUUUGAACAUGAAAGUUUUGUCUUAAAUUCACUCGUCAACAUUAUUAUUCAAUUUAAAGGUGGGUCCACUUCUGACAUAAAUUCUCGUCUAAGUUGGAAUUUCUCGAACCGUUGGUGACAUUCAUACUGAAUACACUGUUUACAUUACCACUACACCAAGACUGUCUGACGCGUGUUUCGAUAACCGUUUCAUUGUUGGGUACUUCUUUGACGCGGCUCAAAAAUACCGACUUUCCAUGGCCAACGUUGGAAGCAAAACAUUCCUCGAAUGACGUACGAACUACCACCACACAAUGCGUCCAAUCAUACCAGCGGCCAACGCAUCGUGUAUUACCGGCUUAACGCUACUUGAAGUUGAAUGCAAACUUUCUAACCUAAAAUAUUCUCUUUGUAUUCGAAAUUUGUAUUACUACAUGUCGAUUGAGUAGUUAUGGAGAAAUUCUAUUGGAAUGCUGUAAAGACGAAGGAAAUAAAAUUGUUAUCAGGGACGUGCUAAAUUACAUAACUGAAUGUCAAAAAGGUGAAGUCCAUGAAAUUCAAAAAGAAGUUAGUGACAGACGUCAAAUGAGUCCUUUUUAUUUAUAAAUAGGUCAGAUACUUUUUUCAGAAAAUUUAAAACAUGGCACUUACUGAAUCUGAGAAGAAACCAGAUAAGAGAGAAAAGCCUUUAACUAAAAUAAUAAUUCGUCGAUUACCACCAACGAUCGAUCAAGAUACUUUUCUAAAACAAGUUUCUCCUAUUCCAGAUUACAAUUAUAUUUACAUAGUAAAUGGAGAUUUCAGUUUAGGUGAAAAUGCGUUUUCAAGGGUUUACAUAAAUUUUGUAAAUCACGAAGAUGUCUACAAUUUUAAAGAAAGAUUCGAUGGCUAUGUUUUCCUGGACGCUAAAGGUAAUGAAUAUUCUUGUGUCGUUGAAUUUGCUGCAUUCCAGAAAAUCCCUAAAAAACGUGGAAAAGCAAGAAUGGACCCAAAAGCUGGAAGUAUAGAAUCAGAUCCCUAUUAUCUAGAUUUUGUAGAGAAUUUGAAGAAACCACAAGAAUUGGAUGAAAAACCUGAAUAUACACUUCAAUUAAAUUCCACUGAAAAUAAAAACGAUAUCACAACACCACUAUUAGAAUUUAUAAAAAAUAAAAGAUCUCAACGAAUGAGGAUUAGGGAAGUGAGAAGAGAAGAGAGGAAACGAAGAGAAUUUGAUAAAAGAAGAGAACAUUAUGAUGAUAGAGAUUCCAGGAAAAAAGUAUUGGAUGAAAAAUCUCCGACAAAAAGGCCAUUUCACAAGCAAGAUACUGUAAAGAAUGAUAAGCCGGAAUCUGAGACAACGCUAGAGGAAAAACCAGAAAAAGAAGAAAAACAUUAUGAGAAAUCCUACUACAAAAACAAGGACAGAAGGUUUGAUGAUAGGAGAUUUGAAGACAAAAGGAAAGAACUGAAACCAAGGUUUCCUAGGAAAGAGUAUUCUGAUUACAAAAGUGAAGAACGGAAAGAAAGGAAAUUUGACUACCCAAAGAAAGAAUUUGAGGCAAAAACUUUUCCUAAAAAGGUGAAAAAAUAUAGUGAGAAAAGGGAAGAACGUAAACUUGAAGCUCAAAAGGCAGAACAAAAAAAAGUAGAUGAGGCAAAAGUAGAAGAGAAUAAAUGUUAUGAAAAUAGUAGCAAAUCUAUUGAAAAUACUACACCCAAAACCACUGAAAAACCAACUAAAUCCAAUGAUAAAGAUAAAAAAGACAAUGAAAAAUUAAAAUCCACUGAUGCAACUUUCCCAAAAGAUGCUGAAGGAGAUGGUAGAAAGAAAGAUGAAGUUACGCACAAUGAACAGAAAAGUGAUUUACACAAUCAGAGAAGAAUUAGAAAUAAAGACAGACCUUCUUUAGCUAUUUAUAGACCUGGUAUGCUUUCGAAAAGAAAACAAAACGAGACUGAUAGUAGUGAAAAUAAGGAAAAAGUUGAAGACAAAUAAUUUAGAUCCAUAUUUUUUCUAUUACUGUUUAGAAGAAAAAUAUACUUGAUUAAUUUUCUUGAAAUAAAGUUUUGAUUACCAAAGCCUUUUUUUGUCUAA